AUGUCGGUUGUGGAAGGUCUCAACGACUACCAGCUCUUUCGUGCGUGCGGGCCGCUCUACCCCGCGUUCGCCAUCGAGAGCCUCACCAGCAUCAUUCUUGGCUUCUUCUUCACCUACCUCGCCCUCCGCAUCGUGGUGAGGACCGAUGUCAAGAAGCCGAUCAAUGCUUCGUGGCGCAUGUUUCAGGACUACAUCUCUCCAGCCGUGGAUGAAUGGUGGACUUUGAUGAAGACCUGGCCGGAGAUGCCGAACAAGCCUUGCGCAGACAGAAUCACCUACUGUCGGAACCUCAACAUCGCCAUGUGUGUUGCUCAGGCGGCUGCGGCAUUCUUCUCGGUCUUCCGUUGGCUGCACAUCGACAACGUUAACGGUCUCCGGUACCUGGGCUACGCCUUCACCUGCUCACUGAUGCAGGCAGAGCUCGUGGUUCUCAUCGCUCCUUAUGUUCCUUGCUACAAGUUCAACGUUGUCUCUGUGGCCGCUCGGCUGGUCCUGCUUUGCGUCGUCUUCACCCACGCCUUUCUUAUCUGCGGCUGGAUCGGCUCUUUGCACGAGGGUUUCCUGUUUGAGGAUGCCUCGUGGGAGCUCUUCAAAGCGUCCUGGGAGGUCUCGGUCCUCGAGAUCACGAACAAGGGCAUCGCCAUCGGAAUCACGGCAUGCUGCCUUGCCUUCCUCUGCCUCGUGCAGAUGCCCUUCCUUUGCUUGUGCUACUUCUGCGCAGGCGUGGCGCGUUCGAUCGGGGCGUUUCGGGUGUAG